UCGAGCAGAUCCGAGCAGAUCCAGGCCACAAAAAAGAGGACUAGAUGGAGUAUUUCUGAACUUUAAACACCCGGAUCCAAACCCAGGACUUAGAACCGGGCUAAACCCUGGAUUCAAGCCAUUGACUGAACCUGGAAACUCCCGGGACAAAAGCCGGAUUAUCGUCCGAUUCUCGGGGCAUUCAAACGGGAGCGAAGACGCGUCAGUAACCGGUCUCAGCUUCCACGAUGGCCGACGCAGAGGUCUCCCUGUCUCCGGCUUUGAGGCCGCUCCACAUAAGCCCCUCCCACUCAGUCCCACCCCCUCUACCAGCCUCUUCAUCCUCGCCCACCACCUUCUCCUGCCCGUCGUCUCCCUCUAGCGCCUCCUCUUCCUCCUCUUCUUCAUCCUCUUCUUGUUCUGAGAGCUCCUCCGACUGCCCCGCCCACCACCAUCAUCAUCACCACCACCACCACCAUCAUCAUCCCCGCCCCCAACUGCAGCUUCCCCCGCCGCCCCCCCAGAGCGAGCAGCCGUCCUCCCCCAGUGCCAGCCCCCGCAGCUCCAGCCCCAGCGGUAGCAUCGGGAGCACCGGCAGCCUCGGGAGCAGCAGCAGCGCCAGCGAAGGCAUCGGCAGCGGCAUGUCGAGCGGGGGCGACCCACGAGGUCCAAGUCCACCGCUGGAUGUCAUCUCAGAGGACGCCAUGGAGAUGGACCUCGGGGCUGACCAAGUGAUCGACCCUGAAGUCGCUCUGAAGGCUUGCCAGGAAGUCCUACUCAAGGUGAAGCUGCAGAACAGGGAAGUGCCUGAAGAGCAACAACCAAACCACAAACACCAAACAGGCGAUCAGCAGAACUACACGGACUUGGAGUGCUCCAGCCCACAGUGGCACAUGAGUCCGGACACCAGCUCCAUCAAAGAGGAAGACGAGGAGGAAGAGGAAGACGAGGGAAGGAGUUCAGGGAAGGAAACGGAAAAACAAAGCACCUCUCAGCAAGACCAACCUCCCCCGACGCGCACGGAGCCGUCCGUGCCGUCGGCGUCUUCGUCAUCUUCUAAACAGUCGUGGCUGCUGCGGCUGUUUGAGUCCAAGCUCUUUGACGUCUCCAUGGCGAUCUCUUACCUGUACAAGUCAAAGGAGCCAGGUGUCCAGGCGUACAUUGGGAAUCGUCUCUUCAGUUUCCCCGACAGUGAGGUGGACUUCUACCUGCCACAGCUGCUCAACAUGUACGUGCACAUGGACACCGAGGUGGGAGACGCCAUCAGACCUUACCUGAUCCACCGCUGCAGAGGCAGUAUAACCUUCUCCCUGCUCACCGCCUGGCUGUUGGGCGCCUACUCCUCCGACAUGCACAUCUCCACCCAGCGUCACUCCAGAGGCACCAAACUCCGAAAGCUCAUCCUCUCUGACGAGCUCAAACCUUCACCCGACGCUCCCCGAUCAGCUUCGCUGUCCGUAUCGGACAGCCCGGUGUCCUCGCCGUCCCACCGCCGCUGUCACCGAAGACACAACAGCAACAAUGUGGAGUCUUCUCCGUCCUUCUCUACAGCCGGCCCCGUCCCUCAGGGCCCCGAAUCCGGGGAGCCGGAGGUGUUUGUGUCCCCGUCCAGGAGGACCCACCAGAGAUCCAAGUCAGAUGCCACCAUGGUGAGCAGCGGGCCCGGGUCAGGCCUCCGACGGACAGGGAGUAACCCAAAAGUAGAAGCCGUCCAUGAGGAGCCGGAGCGUCUGCGCCCUCAGCGGGAGUUUGUGAAGUCUCUCCUCUGCAUUGGGAAGCGUUUGGCGACUCUGCCCACCAAAGAGCAGAAGACUCAGCGUCUGAUCUCGGAGCUUUCGCUGCUCAACCACAAGCUGCCGGCACGAGUGUGGCUGCCCACUGCCGAGCACCAGCACCACGUCUGCAGGAUCCCCCACACCCAGGCCGUGGUGCUCAACUCCAAGGACAAGGCUCCGUACAUCAUCUACGUGGAGGUGCUGGAGUGCGAAAGCUUCGAGACGUCUCCUGUUCCCAUUCGGAUCCCGGAGACGAGGAUCCGCUCCGCUCGCUCUGCAGAGAACCUGGACUGUGGCGGCAGCAUCACCGCGGCCAACGUUAACAGCGCGAUUACAACAGAGCACCGAGCAGGAAGUUUCUCCACCGUCCAGAACUACGACAACGACGACGAGGCCUGGGCCACUGACGACAUCGGACAGCUGCAGGUGGAGGCCGAGGCUCAGACCAGCAGCAGCGACAACAUCAGUCAGUUUUCAGUCGACAGCAUCACCAGUUUGGAGAGCAAAGAGCCGGUGUUCAUCGCUGCAGGAGACAUCAGACGCCGUCUGUCAGAGAACCUCGCCCACACUCCAACCACAUUCAGGAGAGACCCCGAGGACCCGUCGGCCGUUGCCCUCAAAGAACCAUGGGAGGAGAAAGUCAGGCGUAUCAGAGAAGGGUCUCCAUACGGUCACCUGCCAAACUGGAGGCUGCUGUCGGUCAUCGUGAAGUGUGGAGACGACCUGCGGCAGGAGCUGCUGGCCUAUCAGGUCCUCCGGCAGCUGCAGUCGAUCUGGCAGCAGGAGCGAGUUCCUCUGUGGAUCAAACCUUAUAAGAUCCUGGUGAUGUCCUCAGACAGCGGCAUGAUCGAACCCGUCCUCAACGCCGUCUCUCUGCACCAGGUGCGUAAACAGAGCCAGCUGUCUCUGCUCGACUACUUCCUGCAGGAACACGGCAGCUUCACCACCGAGGCAUUUCUCACGGCACAGAGGAACUUCGUCCAGAGCUGUGCCGGGUACAGCCUCAUCUGCUACCUGCUGCAGGUCAAAGACAGGCACAAUGGGAACAUCCUGCUGGACUCUGAAGGUCACAUCAUCCACAUCGACUUCGGUUUCAUCCUCUCCAGCUCCCCAAGGAACCUCGGCUUUGAGACGUCGGCCUUCAAACUCACCUCCGAGUUUGUGGAUGUGAUGGGCGGACUGGACGGCGACAUGUUCAUCUACUAUAAGAUGUUGAUGCUUCAGGGUCUGAUCGCAGCGAGGAAACACAUGGAGAAAGUUCUGCAGAUCGUCGAGAUCAUGCAGCAAGGCUCCCACCUCCCCUGUUUCCAUGGCUCCAGCACGAUCCGUGGGCUAAAGGAGCGUUUCCACAUGUCUCUGACAGAGGAGCAGCUGCAGCUGCUGGUGGAGCAGCUGGUGGACGGAUCCAUGCGCUCCAUCACCACCAAACUCUACGACUCCUUCCAGUACGUCACCAACGGCAUCAUGUAAUGGCGGCGACGCAGCGAUGACAGCUCAAACUGGAUCUUUUUUUCUGCUCUGUUUUCAUCUCGUCCGUCUCUGAAGUUUCUAACAGAUUCGUUUUGAAUCUGGUGGAUCGGUCGCUCCGGACUCGAGGAUCAGCUGAUUGGACUCGUGGUUUUGGAUUCGUGCUACGUUCACUGGCGCCUAGGAAAGUUCAGUGAGAUAAUCAGAGCAGUGCGGAGGAAUGUUAAACAGGCUGAAAUCACCACUUAGGAUUCAGGAUUCUGCUUCUUCCUGUUGUUUCCUGAGACAAAUUAAAUUAAAAACUAUAAAUCUACUGGAUUCAACUGGAUUUUACUGGAUGAUCUCCGACCAGCAAACACAGAGCUCAGCUGCUCUGUGACUCGAGUGUUCGAUGUUUCCUGUUUCUGAGUGUGUGUAUGUUCCUCCUAGUUCUGGAUCAGUUUUUAAGGUUCAAGGUUUGAUGAAGGAUAAAAAAGAUGAUUUGAUCUCUGAUUAAUGAAACUAGUUUUUUAAUACACUAACCUACAGGGUAGUUUAACAAUCAGAUGGUUUGAAAUUUUGCCUUCAAAACACUAGAUUUUGUCACUAAAACGACUUCAAAUAGUCAGAAGAUAUUCGCCAAACAACUCAGACAACAAAGAUCUUAACUAAUGAAAACAUUUAUAUGUGGAUAUUUUCAGCUCCUAGUUCAUUUCUGCUCUACAGAAGCCUAUUGGAACCAAAAUACAGGACAGUUUCUUGGUUUUAUAACCUGGUAGAGUCAUAGAAACUGAAAAUGAUGUUAAAUAUUUUACAGUAAUGUCUCUCAGUAAGAAACCCAAACUUUAAACGUUGUCACAUUUCAUAAAUAGGAUACAAAAGCUCUUCUUUUCCAGAUGAAAAAUUGAAAAACCAAUCAAUCUAUAUUUCAUUUUUUGUCAUUAUACAAUGAUAACAUGCUCUGAAAAGCUAAAGCUAAAAACUAAAGAAAAUAAGCAGUUUUAUUUGUUUUAAUCGGCUGAGAUGUAAUUUCCUUCAUAUCAUAUAAAAAUGAUAAAAACUCUAAAUAUCAUUCCACCUUGAAUAUUUACUAAAACCAGUCAGUUCUGACGUCUGGAUGUUUGUUCUUAAAGAACAGAAAGAUAACAACACUACAUGAAAGAAAGCAACAUUUAAUGUUGUUUUUUUCAUUUAGAGAAAUCAUUUUUCUUCAACAGGAUUAUUUGACAUGUUGAAUUUAAAUUUUUUUCACCAGAUAUUUUACCAAGAGUGGAAAAGAUACAUAGAUAAUGUACUCAAGUAAAAGUAAAAAGUAUUUCAUUUAUCGUUUCCUUUAAGUUCUGAGGAGAUACUGGGGAGUUGUCCAGUAAAAUUUGAUCUUUCCUUAGAGGCAAGAAAAGCAAGAAAAAAGAUCUCCAACCAGAUUGGUCAGGUAAAGUCACGCUUCGAUAACAAAGGAAAAUACACAGCAUAUUAAUCUCACUCAAAGAGUUAAACUUAACACUUAAUAGUGAUUAUUUUUGCCCUCUACAUAAAGUUAAACUACGCUUUAAAGUGUUAAAUAUUUCACAAGAUGACAGAGUGGCGUAGCUCCGUAAAAUGUGUGGUAAGGAGAGUCUGGCAAAAACAAGGCAGAGAAUCUCGGAGCAAGGCAAUGUAGACUGAUGAAGAAUAUGCUCCAUGCGUCACGUAAGAAAGUUACAGGUCCCAACUCUAACUCAGUGGAUAACUUCACUCAUGGUGCAACAACAAGUCAACAGAAACAUGAAGGAAAAAUGCCAGACUAGAAUGGGACUAGAUUUUUCACUCUUAGGAUUAAAUUGGAGGUAACUUUGAGAGAGCACACAAAACUGUGAGAAAUUCACCCAAAAUGGCUUCAUAAACACAAAAAAAUGCUAGCUGGUUUCAAGGUUGGCAUACUUUGACAAGCUCCUAUGUCAGUGUGUCCUAAAUAAGUGUUAUUCUUAAACACUUGUACAAACUAAAUCAGCAAUUUAACAUUGUUGUCUACUGAUUAACUCCUUCAAUGCUCACAAAUAGAUAAUAAAAUUAAAGCAACAAGUUUAAAAGAAUCCAGACAUUAGCACCUAAACAUGCAAACAUAAUUCAACAAAAAAGAAAACGUGAACCAAAGUUUAGCAUUUGUAAGUGAUCCUCAAGUAAAAAUUUUAGUUUGCAAAUAUUUGACUGUUUUAGUCAGACUUGGUCUGUAUGGAAAUUUCUUCCUUAAAAACUUAAGAUUUUAACAUCAGCCUAAAACUAGCAUGAACUAUUCCCAAUAAGUGGCACUAACCUGGUGAAUCAGUUAAAAUAUAACAUGUCAGUUCAUCUUGUUGUAUUCUGAAAAAGGGUCCAUGCAGAAUUUCAAAAUAAUUGUUAAUUUUCUGUGAACACACUCAGCACAGCUAAUGCUAACAACAGCUAAACUCUACAGUGUUGAAAUUAAAUGAACAUGGAUGUAGUAUAACAGCAGACAGUGUGAUUUUUCUCACAGACACUCCAUCUAACUUUUGACUGUUUUCUGUCCUUUCAAGCCAAAAUGGCUGCCGAAGUUUUGUUGACAUGUUUUAUGGACGCAAGUCCUCAUUCAUGCUCUACCUUGUGUACAUCCGUGUAAAAAAAACAACAUAGAAAUAAUGUGUGACAGUUCCAUGUCUGUUUAUGAAAUGUUUUCAUAUUUAACAAAAGCUUGACACUCUUCUCUGAUUGGUCCAGAGAUACAUUCCUGUCAUAACCUCUGACCAAUCAGAGGAGGCGCCUCCAAUGAUAAAAGACUUUAAAUUCUGUGUUUAACAGAAAGUUUAUUUUCUCUGUAAGGAUCUGUUUCCUGAAUGUGAAUGUUUUCUUUUAUAAUAAGAGUCCACUAAAACAAAUAUUUGUCUAAGACAGAUGUUUUUGAUGCGUCUUAAACUCAUGCAGCAAACACCAUCAGUGGCUUUAUUCCAGUGUUGAUACAUAUUUCAUUUAUACAAAUAAUGUCUGAGAAUUUUACCUAAAAAAAGAUGUUUCUGUAAGUAUAUCCUGUGUAUUUUCAUUGUAUUUAUUUACGUGAUUCACAGCAGAGGAACGACCAAAAACUAAAGAAACAACAUGUUAUAGCUAACAAUGUCAAAGUCAGCAAAAUAAAACAAGCUAGCUAUCCUCCUGUUCAAGAAUAUGGAAGCUAACACUUUAAAAAACUUAAAUACAUACUUUCAGACUCUUUUGCUCACAGUGACUCUGUAAAAGCCACAGCUAGCAGCUAGCAUUUUUCUGUGGCUAUCAAAUAGUUAGCAAGAAAUAAGUGUUUAGCUGAGUUGUGCCAAUGCUAAAUUGAAUGAGAAUAUGGUAGUUAAAACUAAAUACUAAUUUGACAUAUAAAGGAAAAAUAGACUUGUUUUAUGUUAACCACACAUGAUUAAUAAUGAAUUAUUCUGUUGCUAUCAAAUGGUUAGCCAGAAAACGAGUGUUUGGCUGAGUCAUGCUAAUGCUAACAUCACUUAGAAGGCAGUGUCUGAAACCUCAAAUUAUUUUUGGAUGAAAAUUAAUACAGUUGUUUUGUCUUACUGCACAAUGACUCAGCUUAAAACACACUUAAAAUAUGACUAUUCUUCAGAAUUCGAAUUUUCUCUGCCGCUAUUAAAUGGCUAGCAAGAAAAAGGUGGUAAGCUGAGUCAUGCUCAUGCUAAUUCCACGAGAAGAUGGUAUUCAACUCUUCAAACUCUUUCUAAAUGAAAACUUUUUUUUAAAAAUUAUUAUUAUUUCAUUGCAGCAAGCAACUGGCUAUGAAUGUGGCUAUAAAAUCCAAGUUUUAAAGAACUGCUGUGCCUCACAAAUAGUUCAUAUGAAACCAAGUGUGUAGCUUGGAGAUGCUAAUGCUAACAUGAAGAAUAAUACAGUAUUUAUACCAUGAAUUUGAUGUUGAAUACAACUUUUUGACUUCUUUUCUCACAUUGGCUCAGCAAAGCACCAUAGCUAGCAAAAUAUGGCUAUUUACUCCCCAAAAUCCAGUAUUUGGACUUUUUCAGUGGCUGUCAAAUAGUUGGCAAGAAACAAGUGUUCAGCUCAGUCAUGCUAAUGCUGAUUUCAGUGAGACGAUAGUAUUUAAAAUUGAAUACUCAUUUUGGACAAAAAUUUUGGACUGUUUCGUAUUACCACAAAAUAGCUCAGAUAAACCACAUGAUUGUAAUUAUUCUCCAAAAUCCAAAUCAAAAAAUGGGUCACAAAAACAAGUGUUUAGCUGAGUAAUGCUAAUACUCAACUCAGUGAGAAGAUGGUAUUUAAAACUUCAAAAUCAUUUUGAAUGACAACUUCUCUGGUUAUUCUUGUCAGCCUAACACUAACUUAGCUAAAAUCAUACCGAGCAUGAUAUUUUUUCACUGAAAUCCAACAUUUCACUUUUUUUUCCUGUGGCUGUAAAAAUGGUUAAAGAGAAAUAAGUGUUUAGCUCAUUCAUGCUAAUGCUAAUUUAGAGAGAAGACAGUAUUUGAGACUUCAAACUCAUUUUGAAUGAAGUUUCUAGACUUUUGUUAAGUAUAAGCCAAACAAUGACUCUGCUAAAACCACACUUAAUAUGACAUAAUAUAACUAAUAAUUCUCCAAAAUUCUACAUUUUUCACUUUUUUCUUGGGUUAGUGAGUGGUUAGCAAGUUAAUGAAUGUUAGCCAAUUUGUGCUAAUGCUAAUUUCAAUGAAAAGAUGGCUUUCAACUUUUCAAAAUCAUUUUAAUGAACACUUCAGACUUUUUGUGUGUUAGCCUUACAAUGACUCGGCUUAAUUUAGAUCUAGCAUAAAUUGUAUUAUUCAUACUCUGAAAUCCAAGUUUUACUUUUUUCUGUAGCUAUCAAACGGCUAGCAAGUGUUUUGCUGAGUCAUCUUCAUGCUGAUUUCAAUGGGAUGAUUAUAUCUAAAACUUAAUACUCAUUUUUUUAGAAAACCCUGUUGUUUCUUGUUAGCCUAACAAUGACUCAACUAAAACCACAGCUACCAUUUUUAUCUCCGUCCCAAAACUUAAUGUUUUCUCUUCAGUCUACAUAAAUUUAGACCUUUUGAUUACAUUAAGGAUAAAAAGUAAGGCUCCAUCUUCUUUUAGCACGUUCAUUGAAAUCAGUUUAAACAUUUUAAGUCUAGCCUACUGUUGAAUAGUUAGCCUGGAAUAAAGCCUGUUUGGUGCUGCUGUCAUACGGUUCAUAUCGGAGGGUUUUUGGUGUUUUGACCACUAUUGAAGGAGAAGCACAGAUCUGCCCAUGCAUCAUGUUACCGCCUGCUAACUGUUAGCUUGCUACUUUAUACUGCGCUUUAUAAAAGAUGCAGCUGAGACUAAUGUUUACGAGAUACGCAACUAAAAACAGCUACUACUCUUGUCCCUUUGUUCUGGUUUGUGAAUAUGUAUGUAUGUAAAUGAACUGAACUUGUUUUCCUGUGAGAAAAUGAGAUGCCUUGUGACGUACAGAAGGUACAAACUCUUAUCAAUGCAACAGAAGGGGUCUAAGACCUGAGAAGUGCUUUUAUAUCAAAUGUUUUACCGCUUUAGGGACGAGUUUGAAUCCUGAAGCGACUUCCUCUCCUGGAACGUUUUAUUUAUGUUUACAAGCUGUUUGAGUCAAUUUGGAUAAUCCGGAUCUUUGUUAGCUUUAGAAGUAAACCUUCGUAUUUCAGCUUUCUGUGUUGUUUGUCCGUGUCAACUUUUUAAUAAAUGCUAAAGUAAUAAAACGUUAAAAACUAGCUGCUUAAAUUGUGUAGUGUCAGACUGAAAUCUGGUAAACCUGGAGAGACAUUCAGUCGAUUGAAACUCGCCCCUGCUUUUAAAAACCUCUCAUUGCCUUCUUUUUCCUUCCAUCAGCUCAAACACAUUCAAGAAAUUCAAUGUGAAAACCUCUUUAAGUGCAUUUAUCCUGAAUGAAAAUGUUUUCUGUCAUUUGUUAAGGAUUCCUCUGUGUUUUUAACUUUAGUUGGUACUAAACAUUAAACCCUGAAUCCAUUAAAGCAGCAUGGG